CGGAGGAGCAGCAGUUGCGAGAGAGGCGCGCGCGCGGUCACAACUGGGCGACGGCAGCGUUUGGGGCAUGCAAAUUAUGCCAAAUAGCACCAUCGACGGGAGCGACACGAGCAGUAGCAGCAACGCCAAAGCCAAAGCCAAAUCCAAAGCCAUCGCCAGCGCCGACAAGCGACCACAAAAUGCAGCAGAGCACCGGAGCGGCGACGUCAUCCGCGCCAGAUAGCGGGAUGGGUGCGACGGACCUGGUGUCCAGGUGCGGUGGCGACGGCGGCGGAGGUGGCGGGAACAGCUGCUCCGGCGGAUCCAGCGACCCAGCAGCGAUUAACACAACAACGAUUAGCUCCAAGCAGACGGAUGCGAGGAAGCCGCAGGAGGAGCAGGUGGCCAUCCACUACCUGGCCAGCUUCCACGAGCUGUGCGUGGUGACCGCCCUGCUGCCGCUGGUGACGCUCUUCACGUGCUUCGUGACCGCCUACGUCUUCCAGUACGACGAUGUCCACGAGACACAUUGCCGCGUCUACAACAUUAUACCCUCGAUAAGUGCAAUUACCGGAGUCAGUCCGCAGCGCUACUUCUGGCGCUUCAGCAUCGCGCUCCACAUCGGACCGCGGAUCCCCAUCGCCUUCGUAUACAAGAACUACUACCGCUCGCAGCUGCGUCGGAUCAGUCCCGCCCAGGUGCCUCAGACCAGCCUGCUCAUCACGCUGAUCCUGGUGCUCAACUGCAUCGAGAUCGCGUCCCUGGGCGGCGUCACCUAUAUAUCGAAUCGCGAGAACUACCCCGUUCACGAGCGCAUCUUCAUCACGUUCAUGAUCUGCUCGCUGUGCUACAUGCUGGCCACCAUCAAGCUGAACGGCAUCCUCAAUGCCGGCCAGGAGCUUAGCGAAAAGCAGCGCCUGUCCAUCAAGUGGAAGAAGAUCCUCUUCGCCGUCUCCAUCCUGAGCACCGUCGGCCUGCUGGUGUUCUUUGCCAAACAUCGCUUCUACUGUCACGACUUGGCCUUCAGUUGGUUCGCGUUCUUCGAGUACUUGAUCGCCAUCGCCAACAUGCUGUUCCACUUCACCAUCAUCUGGGAUUUCCCCUCGCAGUUCAUGAUGAUCGUGCAGGGACCCCGCGAGAAUCUCGCCCAGUAUUUGAGCAACCGGCCGAAGGUGGACUAGAUUCAGUUCAGGACGAGAUGCCGCCAGCACGCCACUUCUCCAUUUUACAAAGCGUGUAAUUCCCGUGCGAAACGUACAAUUAACGAACUUCUUCAACUUUAAAACUAAGCGCUUCCAUACCGAUCAACCAUAGCAAACUUAGCCUUCUUCUAUUUCUUCGAUUCUUUUUUUACUAACUUAUCAAAACAAAACCAAAACCAAAACCGAAACCGAAACCGAAGCAAAAUCCAGCGAUAAGGAAUGUAACACGAUACGAAUCCAAAAUGUUCCAUAGUUCCACGAUUAAUAUAACUAUUGAAUUUAACAAUUAUGUAAAGAAAUUUGCCAGAUUAGAGGGCAUAACGUUCUAAGUACACAUUCUAAAUACGUGAAAUAAGUUACCUAGGGAUUAAGUGCACCCAAAACAAACAAAAAACCAAAACCAAAACCAAAAGCAAAACCAAAACGAAAUCAACCAAUACCAAAAACCAAACAAAUGGAUCGCAACUCGCCAGAUCUCAUGUCAAUUUCGAAUCGAAUCCAAGGAGCCAGCAAUAGGCGACCAGUUUCAUUUGUUAGGCAGUUAAGUAAAUAGAAGUCGCAUUACUUACCACAUAGUACAUAUCGUUUAUACAAAAUGAUGAUAACGAGCAGCGUGAAAUAGCCUAUGUACUUGGGACCGGCCCUAUUGGCCCGCCCCAGAACAAAAAUAGAACAAGGACAUGAUUGUAAUAGACGGUAAUCAGACAAUAGACAUUAAGCUGCGACAUAACUGCGGGCAACGAACAAGGACCUUCACGGAUUCCGAUUCCGAGCAGUGAUGAAAACUAAACUCCAUAGUUUCAAAAUCCAUCAUCUGAAUGGAUGUGGAGGUGGUGCAGCUUCUGAUGCUCAGCUCACGUUGUCAGAAGGUCGGUAUGCAUAAGUAAAUGUAGCCAGUAAACGUAAACAAUUGUUCUUAGCCAACUUUAAUAGUGAAAUGAAAUUCGACAGACGGAGCAAUCCGCAGUAUUCGCAGUUGCUGAGCGAUCGGGUGAAAAAACUAGAAGCCCAUAGGUAACCUAAUUGUAAACCAGAUUAGGGUCUUUAUAUAUUUUGCAGUGACGGAGAUGCGUAGGUGUUUUUUCUUUCUACACAAGAGAAUUUAGUCGAAAUCGAGGAGAGUUCAAAUUGAUAUUGCUACUUGGUUAACUUUGUACCAUACACAGCUGCGUUAAGCGGAUGCUUUUAUUCCAUAAGUAGUAUUAUUUCUACCGUUACUAUUAUUAUUAUUAUUAUUAUGAUGGCGAUUGUGCAUUGUACGAGUAUUUGCGAGAGAUCGACGUUCUAGGUAACACAAUAUCCAACCAACGUAGCUAAGCCAAUGAAACAAUUGUUAAUUCUCACACAAUAACGAUAUACGAACGGAUACUCACUUGAAAGUUAUGUAAACGCAAGCUCACACCCACUCUCAUGCGAUUUGUUAUGCAAUAGUUGAGUUGCCAGUUGCACCUCGCGAUCGAUCGAUCGAUCGAUCAGAUAUAUAUUUGAAUUAUUGUUAAUGCUUACACGCCCUGCGUUUGGCCCACUAUAUAUCUCUAUAGCUAUAGCUCUGUCCCGCUCCGUUUCGAUUUCCGAUUAUGUGCCUCUCUCUUUCCCUCGCCCAAUCCCCCCAAAGGAUAUGUACUUCCAGUUGCAUCCGAUCCGGGUGCGGACUAUACUCAUAUAUGUAUACAUAUGCGCUUUAUAUAUACCGCUCACCGGCUAAUCUCCAAUUAUUUUUAUCCGGCAGAGAGCAACAGCUCCUAGGAUGGUCACUUUUUAAAAUGCAACUUUUUACCUUUGCAUAACUUUAUAGGCGACACAACGUAAGAGAAUUAAUUAAAAAAAAAAAACAAACGAAAAACAAGAAUUAACUAUGAAAUAUGUAAACUUUGUAGCUUCCUAAUUUGAAUAAAGAUUAAUACAACUCA